UGCUGAUCAAAUACUCUCCACCAAUGGCGUUUCUGCGCAAGACAGCCUAGGAUCGACACGCUAAGAUAGUCGUAACAAUUUCGGACAGUUUGUGCCUCGUUUUAACGCCAUUAUGGAUUCGUUAGCAAAUUAUGCUAGUGACGGGGACAAUAGUAAUAAUUCGGAAGAUCCAAAGAUACCAUAUGGGAUACAUGGUGAUACCAGUAAGAGGGCCAGUGAUGCUAACUACGACCCGGUGCAAAUGGAUAUGAGUGAGGAAAGCAACAACAACAAUUCAUCCAGGGAAUCCAGUAGCGAAAGGGCACACAGUCCAGUGACACAAACAAAGACAGACUCAUCCCGAACAUUACCUUCCCCCUCAGACCAGAGGAGAUCUGAUCAUGAGAAUCAUACAGCAAAUUCAAAAGACGAGCACAAACGAGGAGACAGAUCUGACCGUAAUAGACAUAUGAGCGACAAGGGACGGCGGUCAUCGUACGAUGAUAGAAGACAACGAGAGAGCGGUCAUAGAGAUAGAGAUAUAAAGAGGAGUCGAGACGAUGACAGAAAGUCUCGUGAUGAUGAUAAAAAGAAGGAGAAAAGUUCUUCUUUGGGAUCUAGUAGGGACGAAAAGAGUGACGACAGAGAUCAAAAGAGCGACAAGGAUCAUCACUAUCGCGAUGAUCGAAGGGAUCGAAAUCGCGACAGAAAUGACAGAGAUAGGCGUAGGGACAGGGACAGGGAUCGAGAUCGUAGGCAUUCUAGGGACGAUAGAUCGAAAGAUCGAUAUCGAGAGGAUCGGGCGAAUUAUCACAAAGAGAAGGAUCGCGCGAGAUCGAGAUCGAGAUCGAGAGAUCGCGCACCUCCGCCUUUCCGAACGAUGAGUUACAGGGAAGAGAAAGGCAGAAACAAGUUAGCUCAAUUGGAAAAAUUAGGAAUUGAACUUAAAGCUCCGGAAGGAGACACCGCGACGCCUGGGGUUCAGAAUGAACAAAAUUAUUAUAAUCCUUUGGCUACAGCAACACAAGGAAAAUAUGCGGAACAGAUACAGAAGAGGAAACUCUUAUGGGCAAACAAGUCGAAACAAGACGAAGGCAAAACGUCCACGGCAGCUUCCACUGCGAACACUUGGGUAGGUACAACAUUCACCCACGACCAAGAUGGAAAAGUAACGGCAAAGUUUAAACGAUUGAUGGGCAUUAAGGACGAUUUGCCGACUGCCCCACCUGCAGGUGCUAAACCAGAUAUAUUAAAAAAACAGGAAGAAAUGUUUAACAACAUGGAGCAACAGUAUGAAGUAGCACGUGCUACCACACACACUCAACGUGGCGUUGGACUUGGUUACGCCACUGGUGGCUAUCAAUUUCCUCGAUAAAAUGCAAGAAACCGUUUUGAACAAUUACGAUUAACAAAUACCCAGUACAGGUGCAACACGAUUUUUGUCUGUUGAUUUUGCAAUGUUGCCAGGUCGAUUGCAAAACGGAGUUUUACAUUUCAUAGUCGUUAUAAAUAGUGACUAUAGAGUAAUCGUUAAGCUUAUGAGAUCCGAAAGAUCUUGUUAGAGUUAUGUAAUUAUAUUGUAAACAGUAAAGAAUAAAUUUAUUAAGACUCUGGAAAUGACCCGGUGCUUUCGACUUG